AUAUUUUAUUUUUAAUGUUGAUAAACGCUCUUACAAUGCCUACCUAUUUACUAACAAUGAAGGAGAGGCGCCUACAAAAGAGAUGGAUUCAACGUCAAAGAAAUCAAGUAAUGAAACAAAAACCUCCAAAUGUUAUUGAAAUAGAAAAAGAAUUUACAGGAAAUCAACCAAAAAUCAAACUUAAUAUCUCAUAUUAUGUUGCUGGUUAUUUGACACUUCUAUAUUGGAAGUUAGAAAAAGAUCCGGAAAAACUAUUAGGUUAUGAAAUAGAUAUUGAUGAUGUAAGUUUAAUAAAGUCAGUGUGGAAAUCCAAUAAACCAUUAAUAGUCGUGACCCAUGGAUGGAUCGAUUACUAUGACGAAAGCGGAGUAUAUUCCAUAAAAAAUAGGAAAUAUUGUGAUCAAUAACCAAACUAUGAUAUC